UCUAGUAAACAGUUAGCAGCUCUAGUAAACAGUUAGCUGCUCUAGUAAACAGUUAGCUGCACUAGUAGACAGUGAGCUGCAUUAGUAAACAGUUAGCAGCUCUAGUAAACAGUUAGCUGCUCAAGUAAACAGUUAGCUGCACUAGUAGACAGUUAGCUGCAGUUUAAUGAUGUUGAUGGCGUGAUAUAACGAGUGUGUGUGUGUGUGUGUGUGUGUGUGUGUGUGUGUUCAGUGAGUGUAAAGAGACGGUCCUGGUCCUGGCAGCAGUACCUGAACGAACAGAAAACUGAAGCUGCUCCUCUGUCACUGUUUACACAGUCCCAGUGUGUUCCCAGUAGGAGGACUGGUUUUAAAGUUGGGAUGAAGCUGGAGGGCGUCGACCCGCUGCACCCGUCUAUGUUCUGUGUGCUGACCGUGGCCGAGGUUAUUGGCUGUCGGCUCCGCCUCCAUAUCGACGGGUACUCUGAGUGCUAUGACUUCUGGGUAAACUCUGACUCAGCCGACAUCAGACAGACAGGCUGGUGUAAAGACAACAACCACAAGCUCCAUCCCCCCAAAGGCCACAGUGAGACAGCUUUUGAUUGGCAGCAUUACCUUCAGUCUACAGGCUCUCAUGCUGCCCCCGCAACCCUGUUCACCUGUCGCACUGCAAGCUGUGGGUUCAGUGUGGGGAUGAAGUUGGAGGCGGUCGACAGGAAGAACCCCGGACUCGUCUGCGUCGCCUCCGUCGCUGAUGUCAUCGAUGACCACUUCCUGGUUCACUUCGACAACUGGGACGACACGUAUGACUACUGGUGUGACAGCAGGAGUCCGUACAUCCAUCCUGUGGGCUGGUGUGAAAAACAGGGACGACCUCUCACUGCUCCUCAGGGACACCCAAACCCAGAGAACUUCCUGUGGGAGGAAUACCUUCAGCAAACUGGUUCCACCGCUGCUCCCAGUUCAGCCUUCACACUGAGAGCUCCACACGGGUUCCAGGUGAACCAGAAACUGGAGGCCGUCGACAGGAAGAACCCCAUGUUGAUCCGCGUCGCCACGGUAACGGAUACAGAAGACUACAGAGUGAAGGUUCAUUAUGACGGCUGGUCGCAGCAGUUUGACGUCUGGAGCGACAGCGACCUCUGGGACCUUCAUCCUAUGGGCUGGUGUCAACGAACAGGACACCCUCUGGAACCCCCCCCAGGUUCCUCCCCCAUGUCUCCCUCUCAGGGUGUAUGUCCCACUCGUGGCUGCAGAGGAGUCGGACACAUUAAAGGAGCCAAAUACACCGGACACCACAGUGCCUUUGGGUGUCCGUACUCGGACAUUAAUAUGCGCAAGGAGGUGCUGCUUCCUGAUAGGCUGGGAGGAGAGAGAGUCAUCACCCUCGUACCUGUCACCAUGUAUCACCACGACAACCAGUCAGACAGGUAUGUCCAGGUGAAGACAGAGACCAGAGACCAGGCCCUGCUGCUUCCUCUGGGGAAGAGAAGGAGACAGACAGACAGACUCUCCCAUCCAACCAAAUUCCUCCGUGUGAAACAGGAAGAGGAGGAGCUUCACAUCACACCAGCAGAGUCCAGUCUGCAGGCCGCCCUCCACCAGUCUGUCUUCCUGUCGGCCAUGUCGGCGCAGCCCGGCCGCGACCUGUCUCUCUGCUGGGAGCAGCACCGCAAACUACUGCCGGGCGUCUCCGGAGUCCACGCAGAGACCGUCAGACACUGGAGCGUCCAGCAGGUGUCAGACUUCAUUGAGUCUCUUCCUGGUUGUGAAAAACAGGCCAAACAGUUCAGAGAUGAGCAAAUCGAUGGUCGGGCCUUCCUUCUACUCUCCCAACGGGACAUUGUCAGGAUCAUGUCAAUCAAACUUGGUCCCGCCCUCAAAAUUUACAACUCCAUCCUGAUGUUCAAACACACCGAGGACCGGAGGCAAUCACAGGCCGAGGAUUGGGUCCAAUCGCACGCCGAAGACCGG